UGAAUGAACGAACGCCGCCCCCACUCCACUCUUUUGUUCCCGAGCCAUGUGUUCAAGCCACCCCUAAUCCAAAAGAAAAACAUUGAAUAUUUCCGAGCAUGAAAUAAGAAAGUGAAUUGCAUAAGAUUCGCCGGCGGGAUCGAAUUUUGCAAAGUUCACUUUGCAGCGCAUUUCGAGGAGACUUUGUUGUUGUCUUAGACGACGGACUGAGAUCCACGUGGUUCUAAUGGCUUAAUUUGAGGCGCUCAGUAAUCAUUGCAAACUGACUACGCUGUGCAGAAAAAUUUUGUCUGCACACCAGAUUAAAUCUUACCAAAAUACUCGGAUGAAAAAUAUCCACAUCUUCCUGCUUGAUCACUUUUGGAAAGGACUCAGACCAUGGCAAACAACGAUCUUGUGUCACCUUCGGGCACUGAGAUGUCCCUUAUUGGCAGCACAGACGCCAAAAACAAGGACGAGAGGGUUCGGAUGAAAAAGCAGCUGGGACUGCUGGAAGGCGUUGCGAUUAUUCUUGGAAUAAUUUUUGGCUCCGGAAUUUUCAUCACCCCCAAAGGUGUUUUGGAGUCGGCUGGCUCGGUCGGAGCUUCUCUUUUGGUUUGGUGCUCAUGUGGUUUGCUUUCGAUGAUUGGUGCCCUUUGCUAUGCGGAGCUGGGAACUUCGAUUCCCAAGUCAGGAGGUGACUACGCCUACAUACAUGAAGCUUUUGGCCCUUUGCCAGCGUUUUUGUAUUUGUGGGCAGCAAACAUUAUUUUUGUACCAACGACCAAUGCAAUCAUGGGACUUACCUUUGCCAAUUAUGUGAUCAAACCAUUUUUCCCGGACUGCAAAAGUCCUGACUUUGCCGUCAGAUUAGUUGCAGGAGCUGCAAUUAGUCUUUUGACAUUUAUCAAUUGCUUCAAUGUGAGAUUGACAACCAAGCUGCAGGAUGGCUUCAUGUUUGCAAAAAUAGCUGCGUUGGUUUUAAUUAUAGUUGCUGGAAUCAGCUACAUGCUGCUUGGAAAUUAUGAAAACUUUGCUGAUCCAUGGGAAAACUCAUCUACGAAUGCUGCUCAGAUCGCCACCUCUUUCUAUUCGGGAAUAUUUUCCUAUGCUGGAUGGAAUUACUUAAACUUCAUGACAGAAGAGCUGAAAGAUCCUUACAAGAAUUUGCCAAGAGCAAUUUACAUCUCACUUCCUCUUGUAACCGUGAUCUAUGGCUUGGCCAAUGUAGCUUACAUGGCUGUCUUGUCGCCCACCGAAAUUCUCGCCUCUGAUGCUAUUGCUGUUACUUUUAGUGACCAAGUUCUUGGUGUGAUUUCUUGGAUUAUGCCUCUCUUUGUUGCCAUCUCUGCCCUUGGGGGUCUCAGUGUCCACAUCAUGACCUCUUCAAGGCUUUGCUUUGUUGGUGCUCGCCAGGGUCACUUUCCCACGAUGCUCUCUCUCAUCAACAUAAACAGACUCACUCCAACUCCGUCGUUGGUGUUUUUGAAUAUUCUGUCUCUCAUCAUGCUUUGCACCAGUGACGUUUUCCUACUGAUCAACUACUCAAGUUUUGUUGAAUCCUUCUUUAUCAUGCUCUCUGUUGCCGGAAUUUUGUGGUUGAGACACAAAAAGCCAGACAUGCACAGACCUAUCAACAUUUCUGUGAUCUAUCCGAUCAUAUUCGUGUUCAUCUGUGCCUUUCUGGUUAUCCUGCCCAUUUUUGACAAGCCUCUCGACACUGGAAUGGGAAUUCUUAUCACUCUCUCUGGAAUUCCUGCCUACCUAAUUGGCGUCAAAUGGCAGAAUAAGCCAAAGUGGUUCAACAGAGGUCUCGGCAAUGUGACCACUGUUGUGCAAAAAUUGUUCCUGUCGGCCAAAGAAGAGAAGGAAAUGGAGUGAAUCGCGUUUCAAGAUAAGUGCUUUCUUUUUCUUUUGUUUUGCAAUAUUUUGCAAUUUCGACAUUCAAAAUUGUGCAAUCAGGCGUGACUGCGACAAAAGCUAAUUCGGGAAAAGUGAAGCAACGCCCGACGCUCUCACAGUCGUCGAGACUGACAAUGAAGAUCUGACCAGUAUUAGUUUCAGUCAUUUAUAUGAUCAAGUUCAUUCAAGUCUAGCAUUUUUGUGCUUUUUUAUAGUUAGCUACUUGCGAGAAGACAUUGUUCAUGAUGUAGGAAAGAUCGAGAAACAUAAUCAGUUAUAAUUUUUCUUUAAAUUUUUUUGUAAUUGACAGAUCUGGACUAAUUGUUUUAAUUCAAAUUCUAAAUGUCAUAUCUUAAUAUGCUUGUGAUAAUGCAUUAAAAUCAUUGUUUUUGUGGAAAAUCAAA